UAGCAAAUUGUUUUUAAAACAGUACGCAAACGACAACGGUACAAUGCAGACCAAACGUUUACGGCAACGCUUAGCCACGCUUACAGUUACAGUCUUGCUACUGGUAACAGUGGCGCAAGGAUUAGAAGAAGCAGCGCAGCAGAAAGCCAUAGAGCACACUGGCGGAGGAGGGAACUUUGCAACACAAGCUGACGUUGCAGAUGAUGAGCUAACACUUGCCGUUAAUUUCGAGCAAAUAUCCCGCAAUCUCGAGAAUGCCAACAACAACAAUAAGUACAACCUCGCAUCAGCCAAUUUUAGCGUAACAGAUAGCAAGGGCCGUCAUUCCUGCGAACGUCGCUGUCAAAACAAUCAACCGCUCACAUGCUAUUACCGCUUGGUGGUGCAUCAUUACCAGACAGCGAGCGCUGAAUGUGAGCGUUGCUUAAAUAACGAAGCGGCCUGUCCCAAGCAGCAAUGCAUUUACGGUGAUGGUGUGUACACACCCAUUAUAGCCAUCAAUCAAAUGCUGCCCGCACCACCAAUCGAGGUGUGUGUGGAUGACACUGUUGUGGUGGAUGUCAUCAACUACCACACCGAAGCGAUCAGCAUGCACUGGCAUGGCAUGCCGAUGUUUCGCACGCCCGAAAUGGAUGGUGCACCAUUUGUUACACAAUAUCCAAUACAACCGGCCGAGGGUUAUCGCUAUCAAUUUAAUGCAGAACGUGCGGGCACUGUGUGGUACCACAGCCACGUGGGUUUGCAACGCAACUUGGGUGUUGGCGGUGGUUUCAUCAUACGCCAGCCCGUACAAAGCGAUCCACAAUCCUACUUAUACGAUUUCGAUUUGCCGGAGCACACACUGCUCAUACAGGACUAUGUGUAUGGUAAUGAUAUGAGUCGCGUGCGAAAUUUGCUCAUCAAUGGUAAGGGUAGAAAUCAUGCUUCGAGUCAGUCCGAUCGCGAUCCACGACAUCGCUACGAACGCCUACAGGUUGCGAAUGGUAAACGCCACCGUUUCCGUGUCAUCUACAAUAGCGUCUUCAACUGCCCGGUUGAGUUCUCAGUGGAGAACCAUCGUAUGCUUAUGAUUAGCACGGACGGCAAUGAUAUUGUGCCAGUGCUGGCGGAUAGCUUUUUUAUGACCGCCGGUGAACGUUUCGACUUCGUGCUACAGGCAAAUCAACAGGCUCGCAGCUACUGGAUUAGAGUGCGUGGCUACGAGGAUUGCGCCAAAGAAAACCUCUAUCAGGGCGCGAUAUUGACGUAUCAAAGUGUGUUGGGUCGCACACUCCCACAACUGCCAAUGGUGAAGACUUCGUUUUGCGAGAACGGUAAUGACGAGUAUCGCACCGUAGGCGAUUACGAGCAUCAUCUGAAGAAAACUGUUUCAUUCGAGAAAAGCGAAUGCGCGCGCACCGAUUUAAAAGACACGAAUGUUGCAACAGUUGGUUUGAGCUCGCUGGAGCAAGUACCAUGGAACCGAGACACUGAAUUCCUCACAUACUAUUCGCUAUUUGGCUCGCGUUUAACGGCUGGCGCUACGGAAGUCGCAUAUCAAAUUGAUGACAUCACCUUUAAGACGUCACAAAUUUCACUUCUCCAAACCAACGGUCUCUUCAAUGAGAAAGGUGUGUACUGCAAUCGCUCAAUGCUCGCGGCGAAGGGUCAAAAUUGUGAAACGAAGAAUUGCAUUUGUACGAAUGUUGUGCGUUUGCCAGCUUAUCGCGCGAUAGAAAUCGUUUUGGUCAAUAAUAAUAAUGAACCGACACCGGUGCAUUUGCAUGGAUACACGGUGCGCUUGGUCGGCCAGAAUGUUUUGGGCGGCGUAGUGGACGAGAAACAGAUAAGAGAUCUCGAUAGACGCGGUCUGCUGCAACGCUCAACCGAUGAGUAUCCUAUACAGAAGGACACUGUGCAGGUGCCACCGCUAGGUUAUGCCAUCAUACGUUUUUACAGCAGCAAUCCAGGAUAUUGGAUGUACCAUAGCGCGCUGGAUAGUCAGGCGGUGCGUGGCAUGAUUGGUGUUUUCAAAGUGGGCGAAGAUCAUCUGAUAAAAGAUGUGCAUCCACGUGUGCGUUGUUAAUUGUAUAUAUAACAUGCAGUUCUGGGGAAUUAUUCAAGUCCUUAUUUGAAUGUGAUUUGUGAAUUCCUAAACUCAACUGCCAACAACAAAAAAUGUUGCGUAAUUAUCGUUCAAUAUUUAUUUAUUUAUUAAAUUCAUUUUUAGUUAAU